AUGGCUGCUCGUGAAUUCUCUCUCUCUUUCGAGAUUACACCCCCAACAGCUGUCCGCCCUGGGAUCCCAUUCACCAUCCCAGUGAUCAUUGCUGUGAACCCAAUUGGUACACCAGCACAAAACGUCCAGCAUCUUGUUGUCAGUGCCUCACUUCGUGAUGAAGCCGGUUCAGGAGCCGCCGCAGGCCUGAGCGGCAACCUCACGGCAAGCGUCCGCAGCCGAUCCGACAACGCAAUGAGCGGCUAUGCGAAAUUCAUUCCACUCACCAUCUCGCAACCGGGCAAAUUCCGACUGAGGGUCAUGCUUAGUGCGGCCUCCUACGGCGGCGUUGUAACGAAAGAAUAUGUUGAUUCGACAGUCAUCCAUGUGCACGCCGGCGCGGCUGCCCAACGGCCAACUCCGACUCAAGUGACACGGCUUCAACGGCUCACGACUGAAAACUUGGAUAUUUCUGCCGCCAACAUUGCUGCAUGGCAGGGCGCGUGA